UAUCUCUUCCAGUCCAAGAUUUCAACGGCGAGAGAUGACGGCAGGCGGGAAGCGUGUGACGGCGUACGCGAAAUCGUCGGUGGUGUCGACGAAGCCGGUCCGGCCGGGGAAGACGUACCCGUUGUCGGAGCUGGACCACGCGAUGGAGCGGCAUUCGCUGCACAUGGUGUUUUACUACCGGAGCGGGUCGAAGCUGGAACGGGCGAGGUUGAAGGAGUCCAUGUCAGAACUGCUGUGGUAUUUUCCGGCGACGACCGGGAGGAUGAACUGGGACGAAGGAGGGAAGAGGUGGGUGGUGAAGUGUAACGACGCUGGAGUAAGGGUGGUGGAUGCGAGGACGGAGGCGACAUUGGAUGAGUGGAUCGCGACGGCGACGGCGGCGGAGGAGAGGGAGCUGGUCCACUGGGAGCCUAUGGGGAAUGACUCGUCUAUCUGGUCUACUUUUUAUGUUCAGAUAACAGAGUUCAAGGACAAGGGAUUCGCCAUCGGCCUCAGCUGCACCCACAUGCACUCUGAUCCCACCUGCGCCACUCUCCUCAUCAAAGCCUGGGGGGACUGCCACCGCCGCGCCGCCAUAGCCAACCCUCCUUUCUUCCACCCGCCCGCUCUCAUCCCCCGCCCCAACGCCAACCCCUCCGCCCCUCUCCUCUCCAUCAAAUCCUCCACUGCCACCACCACCUCCGCCGCUGGCAGCAUCUUCUCCGCCGCCACUUUCCGUUUCCCCACCGCCGCAGUCCGAUCCCUCCUCGCCGACCUCCCACCCGAUUCCACGCCCUUCGAUGCUCUCGCCGCACUUUUCUGGCUCUCUAUCUCCCGCGCAAACUCAACAUCUCUCUCCUCCCUCACCCUCGUCACCGACUUCCGUAAGCGAAUGUACGCGCCACUUCCGCACGGCUUCUACGGCAACGCCGCCCAUUUCUCCUCCGUCGAACUCGACCCGGCUGCCGGAUGGGCCUCGGCGGCCAACUCGAUUGGCCGGCACGUGGCGGGUCUGGAAGAGGAAGAGUACUGGUCGGCGAUUGAAUGGCUGGCUGCCCGGAGGAUCAGCGGCGCCGGUGCUUUCCAGAUGUACGGGCCGGAGCUGACUUGCUUGAAACUGGAUCAUGUGAUGGCCUACGCGGCGGAGAUGGAGGAGGGGGUAAGCCCCGCACACGUGUCGUGCUGGAUCGGCGGGGCGGAGGGGAAUGGGAUUAUUACGGUGCUUCCGGCCUCAGCCGCGGCGGAGGAAAAGGAAGCGCGGACGGUGGAGGUGGUGCUGCCGGCGGAGGUCGCCGAGAAGGUUUGUAAGGAUGAGGAAAUUCUCCGGCACAGGCCCACUGUCAUUUUCUCCGGGAAAAUUUAGAGUGAUCUGCAACGGACAAAUAAUUGCUCGGAUGAAUUCAUAAUAAAUAAAAGGCUUAGGACAUUCAUAUUAGAAUAUAAUUAAUGAGCUUUUCUUAACAAAAAACAAUAAUAUAUGAACUUCGCAUCAU